UUUAAGGUCUGGCCAUAAAACUCCACUCUUUAAACUUUUCUCUCCUCUGUAUAUUUCCUUUGGCACCUACUGGGAAUCUUAAUAUUUUCUGGAAAAGAAAAGGGAUAUUUGUUAUUUGUAGUUGUUAAAGGAGUGGAUGUGAUGGUGGUGGUCUCUGGUCCAUGUGGAAGUUGUUUUCAAGACUUUGAAUAUCAAUAUUGCAUUCUUUACUGGGGUUGAGGCUUUGAACAUUUAGAUGAGACUGCUCUUUGGGUGAAGAAUUUGAUGAGCAUUGAGUCAAAUCCUUAGAGUGUCCACGAGAUUACUAGUUACUCAGAUCACGCCUUUCGGGUCUGUUAGUUAUACGGCAAGGCCAAAAGAUCCUUUGCGUCCUAUAAAUGUUUUCUGCUGCAUUGAAGGCGGCAUAUGGAAAGGAGAACCAUGGAUGAAGAUGAUCAAGGCAGAGAAUGUUCGUUCCGGUUUAUGAAUGAGAAUUUUCAAUCAGCAGAAGAGAAUAGGUUGUCGAAAAGGUCAAAGCACCUAGUGGUAUUGAGCCCAGGCGGUUUUAGAAGUUUUGAUCAGAGGCGGUUCCUUGACAAUUCGCAUGGUUUAGAUAAUAAGCUUGAGAAGCAUAUAAUAAGUUGCCUUGAACAUUUGGAUGCUCGUGCAUCUAGUGUAGCCUCAUGCAAUUUAUCCCCGGAAAUGGCAAUUUUAUCUGAUAGUAUGAGCAAGAAGAGUGAGAAUGUUGCCCCAAAGUCUACCGAGAAUUGGAUCCUCGGUGCAAUAACGGGUAGCAAGAGUAUGAUGAACAUUCUAAAGAGCCCUUUGAUUAACAAAUCGGGCACCUUGGAUUACAAUGUUGUCAAUUCUGGAAAGAUAAGAUCACUCGAUUUUAAAGAGUCAACAUUCUCUGAUGGGAUGAGUUCUCCCGGUGGCUUUAGUACUAGUUCGUCGCAUUCCUCCCUGAAGCUUCCGAGUGAUAAAUCUGUUGGAUUUCCCGGAUUUGGAUCCAAGCCCGUGCAUAGAAAGCUUUAUUCUAUGUCAACUACAAACUCUACAUGCUCGGAUCAGUCUUUCUCCGUAGCUUCUAUUGUUACUCAAGGCAUGCUAAAGAUCACGUGGAAAAACGGUUUACCACGUCUCGUUCUUUCUAAUGAUGUUAAGAGCGAGGUAUAUGUAGCAGACUUGCUCGAGGUCAACUCAGCUGGCGACAAGCGUUUGGAUUAUGUGUACACAUUUCGUUCGAGCUCGAGAUCAGCUAGCAAAAUAGAGCGGGAUAUGUGUGUAACUCAACCGGAUUUUGUUGGUAAAAUGACGGUUUCUACUUCGUUCACGCUCUCUCCAAAUGAGUCCGAGAUUAUGGAGACCCUGUUUGUUCUGUAUGGUUCCGGUGACGAUUGUACAGAUGAUGAUACACAAAUAUUGAGCCACAUUCAGAGAAAGAACAAAAGAUUACCCAUGAAAGUGGCUGAUGUUCUUAGGUCUGGUCAGUCAUAUAAGCAGAGAAAACCGUCAAAAUUCGAUGGAACAAAUACAAUUCUUGAAGAAAGUUCAUGGCCGCCAUCCUUAGGUGGUGAUAACCAUACAGGAAAUGAACUUAUCACGAAUUUUGAGUUGGCUGCUAUAGUUGUCAAAAGCCAUCUCCAUAACAACAGUCAUAAGAAGGCAGAAAUUGGCGGGUGGGGCUUGAAGUUUCUCAAAAAAACGAUGGUUGGGCAGAAAAAUUCGUGUUUAGAGCCCUCGAUACACCCCGAUAGUCCUUGCAGUAGCAUCGAAUGCUCAACAAGCACAGAUGUUAUAGUACCAGCUGGUUUUCACGGUGGGCCAAGAACCAGAAAUGGCGGUCCUACUAGCCUGUUGGAUAGGUGGGCUUCGGGAGGGCACUGCGAUUGUGGAGGCUGGGAUAUCGGUUGCCCGAUGACAAUUCUCAACACUAGACAAAACAGUAGCGAGACUUUGUCCCGAGCUGAUGAUGUACCCGGAGAUUGCAAAACCAUCAAUCUCUUUAUACAGGGCUCCAAACAAGACGUACCAGUCAUGAAAAUCGCAAACAUUCGCGAUGAUUUAUUCUAUAUUCGCUUCGAACCAAACCUGUCAACUCUGCAGUCUUUCGCCAUUGCUGUUGCCAUUAUUCAUAGCCACGACCCUAUCUUCCGAUCCAAACUGUACAGAAGGUGAAGUAACGAGGUUAAACAAUUGGCUUCUGUUGUCAUUUCUAGUCUUCACGAAAGCUUAGAUCAAUUUAUGGCAAUUCAUUUUGUACAUGAAUUCGCAUCUACUGCCAUUUUUUAUUUAUUUAUUUUUGUAAGUUGAAUUUGAGCAAGACAUUCUUAACAUCCUAUACUGUUAUACUGUAAUUUUAGGAUUAGAAAUGCUACCUUUGUAGAGGUUGUUGUGGCAA